AUGGUACCGGCCACCAGGCAAAUGACUAGCGGAGCUGCUUACUCGCAUUUUUUGGAUAAUGUAUUUUCACUUCCUCAAGGGCACCCAAUCCGACUUAGUUUCGAACAACAAGGGUAUAAUUCUGUUGAUGAUCUCCUCAGUAUUUUUGAGAACGAACUAGAUGCCCUUGGAUAUGUGCCUCCAGCGAGUCCUGACACAAAUGAAGACCCUCAGUGGACCCCAUUGCUCAUGGCGCACCGACAGAUUCUUCGACAUUUCCUGCGUUGGCAGGCAUCACUUGAACGGCAAAAGGGAAGUCCUUUGGAAAAUUCGGAGCUUGUUGCAUUGACAAGUGGAGAUUUCAUUUUAUAUCGACGCUCGGCACUCGGACAAGUCUCUAAUGUUCCGGCCACCAUCAGUCCUUCUCUGAACAACCAGUUAAGUACGUCCACGAAAGCUCGAUCGGCAGUCGACGAAUUCAAGCGAGGAGUCAAGCGUGACAAGACCCACUACCCUAUCCUUAAGGAUGACCGAUACUGGGACAAUUUCUACCGGUCUUUCGUGGUCACCGCGGUAUCCCAUAACGUCGAAAAGGUACUUGACCCAUCCUAUGCACCAACGGACCCCUCAGAGAAGUCUCUCUUUGAGGAACAGAAGAAAUUUGUGUACUCUGCUUUGGAACAUACACUUCAGACUGAUAUGGGGAAAAACCUUGUUCGCGAACAUAGUUUUGACUUCAAUGCCCAAGAAGUUUUCCGUAAGGUUGUCAAGCACUACACAGAGUCUGCCAGUGCCAAGAUUGGGUCCUCCAACACUUUGGCCUACCUCACUACGGCAAAAUAUGGCACAUCCUGGACAGGAACGGCGGAAGGGUUCAUCCUUCACUGGAAGAACCAUCUUCGUAUCUACAAUGAUAUGGUCCCUAUGGCAGAGCAGUUGCCUAAACAGCUUUGCCUCAGUUUGCUUGAAAACGCUGUACACGACAUCCCUGAACUCCGUCAGGUCAAGAUCACCGCUACUUUAGACUUAGCUAAAGGAGGCACUCCCCUCAACUACGAAGGUUACCUGAGUCUAUUGCUUGCAUCUGCUUCUCUAUACGAUAAAGGGAACAACCUUUCCAAUUCUCGUAAUGUCAAGAGCAAGCGUAGCGCCUUUCUGACCGACCUCUCGUAUGAUCAACCUGACUUCACCGAAGACAAUGGAAUUGACUAUGAUAUCGAUCUCUCUCCUGCAGUGAUCUAUGAGGCCAAUGCUCACAACCGCAAAGUCAGUCCAUCUGGCCACCGUAAUCGCGAUCCGGCAACCAAUCGAGAGCGUCCGUAUAUCCCUCGCGAGAUGUGGAAUCAGCUUUCAGAUGAUGCCAAAGCCAUUCUCCAAGGCCUGUCAGCACCCGACAAAGGCCCUACUCGAUCCGGCGAUGUCUCGCAACGUGCGUUGGAAGCGAAUACCCACGCCAAGAUAUCGAACGAUAAUGGCGAGUUCAACCGUAGCGAACCAGACAACCAGCAAGCUGAAGCAUUCUAUGACUGUGAUCAAACAACGGAGCUCCUUGCACACUUGACUGACCGUUCUGUUCAACUCAACGUUCUGGAAUAUCAAGUCUCUCGUCAUUCCGUUGAGAACAAAACUGCUGCUCUAGUCGAUCGAGGUGCCAACGGUGGACUUGCUGGCUGUGAUGUCAAAGUUGUGAACAAGACAGGACGGUCUGCUAGUAUAACGGGUAUCAACGAGCAUACCCUGUCAGAUUUGGAUAUUGUCACUGCCGCUGGGUUUGUUGAGUCUCACAAAGGCCCUAUCAUUGUGAUUAUGCACCAAUACGCCUAUCUUGGCAAGGGAAAGACCAUCCACUCCAGUGCCCAACUUGAGCAUUACCGAAACACAGUCGAAGACCGGUCCCGCAAUGUUGGAGGACAACAGCGGAUUGUUACCUUGGAUGAUUAUAUCAUUCCUCUUCAUGUUCGACAAGGCCUCCCAUAUAUGGAUAUGCGGCAGCCUACCGAUAGCGAGUUCGAAUCUCUUCCGCAUGUUGUGUUGACUUCCGAUAUUGACUGGGACCCUUCUAUUCUAGACAAUGAAGUUGACAUGGUGAACGACUGGUACGAUGCAAUGCAAGAUCUUCCGGGCAAUGCCUAUGUUGAACCACGAUUUGACAACACAGGUCAAUACCUCCACCGCCAUAUUGCGUACUACGAUCUCGAUCGCGAGGACGCUAUUGAUUGCAUUAUCCAGUGUUGUAAGCACAAUGUCAAACGCAAUGAACGGGACUAUGAAGCAUUACGUCCCUGCUUGGGAUGGGUAUCCGGUGACACUGUCCGAAAAACCAUCAUGGCUACGACACAGUACGCUCGCGAAGUCUACAAUGCGCCGCUACGAAAGCACUUCAAAUCGCGAUUCCCGGCUCUAAAUGUGCAUCGGCGCAACGAGGCUGUUGCAACGGAUACUAUCUGGUCAGACACACCUGCUGUUGACAACGGAGCCAAGUUUGCACAACUGUUUGUGGGGAGACGUUCCUUAGUCACCGAUAUUUAUCCCAUGAAAACAGACAAGGAGUUUGUCAAUGCCCUUGAGGACAAUAUUCGCCAUCGUGGAGCUAUGGAUAAACUUCUGAGUGAUCGAGCCCAAGUCGAAAUCAGUAAGAAGGUUGCUGAUAUUACACGAGCCUACAACAUUGACCAAUGGCAAAGUGAACCUCAUCAUCAACAUCAAAAUUUUGCCGAACGCCGUAUUGCUACUAUUGAAGCUAAUACCAAUAACGUUCUUAACAAAACCGGUGCUCCUGAUUCCACUUGGCUCUUGUGCAUUGCCUACAUCUGCUAUGUCUUCAACCAUUUGUCCCAUGAAUCUUUGCAUGAUCGUACACCGCUCGAGACUCUUCUUGGUAGCACCCCUGAUAUCAGCGUACUUCUCCAGUUUCAUUUUUGGGAACCGGUGUACUACCGGAUCGAAGAUCCAUCUUUCCCUUCCGAUGGUACCGAAAAGAGCGGUCGCUUUGUUGGCAUUGCUGAAUCUGUUGGGGAUGCUCUCACUUACAAAAUCCUCACAGACGACACCAACAAGAUCUUAUACCGCUCUAGUGUGCGUUCCGCAUUGAAAUCCGGAGAAACCAACCUACGCCUUACGCCACAGGAUGGGGAGAGUAAUUCUAAGCCUAUCAACUUCGUCAAGUCGCGUAGAACUGAAAACAAAAAUUCCUAUGCCUUAAAGAAUCUACCCGGUUUCACCCCUGAGGACCUUAUUGGACGCACGAUGAUGGGGAGCGUUUUCGUGCACGUAUCACAAGGAAAAUCUUAG